GGUAGCGCUUGCCAAACUAAGAAGCUAGGUCGUUAGCUGUCAGUUGAGUACAAUUUGGAGUCACAGACAACAGUAUCCAGUUAUAUGACUGUGUCUAACAUUUGAAUCUGACCGCACAUUUGAUAAAACGGAGUAGACAUGGCCGCGGCUUCGUUUGUUUGUACAUUUGUGGUCGUUCUGACCUGAUCAACACUUGUGCUAACGUUAGCUUGUUAGCAAUCCUGGUUGUUUACUGCAUCAGCCCCACCACUGUGGCUCCGCACGGACUUCCACUGUACUUUCAGUUGAUUUAAGGAGGCUCUCACGUUUACAAGAUGUUCCUGGUGGGGCUGACGGGAGGUAUUUCCUCAGGGAAAAGCACAGUGUCUUCAAUGCUGCGGGAGCUUGGUUGCCCCAUUAUUGAUGCUGAUGUUGUGGCCAGGAAAGUUGUGGAGCCGCACACUCCUGCCUACUCUCGCAUUGUCUACCACUUCGGGCCGGAGAUCCUUCUUGAGAAUGGAGAGAUCGACCGGCAGAAGUUGGGUCAGCUCAUCUUCACCAGCGAGGAAAAGAGGAAGCUGCUGAACUCCAUCACCCACCCAGAGAUCCAUAAAGCAAUGCUCAAAGAGAUCCUGUACUACUUUCUCAGAGGGUAUCGCUAUGUGGUGCUGGAUGUGCCUCUUCUCUUUGAAACCAGACGUCUCACUCAGUUUCUGAACCACACUGUGGUGGUUUACUGUGACCCUGCCACUCAGCUAUCGCGCCUGAUGCAGAGGGACGGCCUGACCCAGGAGCAGGCCGAGCAGCGCGUGGCUGCACAGAUGCCGCUCAAUGAAAAGCGCGGUUUGGCCAAUCAUGUUAUUGAGAACUCAGGCAGCCGGGAGGACACCCACCGGCAGGUCCUGCGGCUGCACACAAAGCUGGAGGACUCCAUGGACUUCCUCUUAGUGAGGGUCAUUGCUAUUGCCUCCACUGCUGGUCUGAGUGGGAUACUGCUCUAUGCAGCCAAGAUACUUUUGUCCUAACAGAGGGGAGAUGACGGUUAAGAUGGUCCAAGAUGUGGUCAAUGAUGAGGAUAUGAUUAGAAGCAGGUGAAGGCAGGUCGGAGAUAUUGAUGCAAUUUACUGUGAGAUUAGUUCCACAGCACUCACCACUACAGCUCAGUGGUAUGAUGUGCUCUGUUGGCAGUUAACACAAACUUACAUUAUUGACUUUAACUUGCAAUGACAAAUGUGGUUUGGUGUGAAGGGUUUAUUUGUGCAAUUUCUGUGGGAUUUACUGUGAGACACUAAAAUAUGGAGGUGAUACCUUAGAGCAUUGGUUCUCAACCUGGGGUCCCAACCUCCAAGGGGGUCGUGUGAUCAUUUCCAGGGGGUAGCCAUGUUGUUGGGGGGGAAAAAAACAAAAAAACAUUAGGUUCUAGCUGUUAAAACUAAAACAAUCUGUCAUUAUGUAAAGCAUUAUUUAUUAUUUAUUUACAUUUAUUAAUCAGAGCAUUUACAAUAUUAACUCAAAAUCAGCAGUGUGAGGCGCAUAGAAACAGCUGGUUAUGACUUACAGCUCUGUCCCUUUCUCUCUCGCUCUCUCUCUCCUGUAGACUGUCCUUUCACCUCCCUGUCGUUUCCCUUCUGUCUGUGGAUUGCUACAAUGGCGAGAAAUAGAAUUAGAUAGUUCUAUUUACAACCUCGAACAGUAAGCGGCCUAAGAAACCAAACUAAGUGACGCGUCCUGACUGUCUCUCUAUUGAUCUCCUCUGCUCCGUUUCAGUGCUAUGGACAGCUCCGCACCUUCACACACACCCCCUAAAAUAUUUAGACACCAACCUCAUUAUUCUGGGGGCUCGUGACUCAAAAAGGUUGAGAACCACUGACUUAAAGGCUCAGCUGCUGUACAAGCUCCCCCACCUUUGCUCAGUUAUAGGCGUGAUGCUCUCAACAGUGACAGUAAAUUGGAGCUGAAAAACUGGCUUAAUGAUGCAGCAGUCAACAAAUAACUAACAUCAGUGCAACCAUUAAAGAUACAGACUGUAGUCUGUUUAUUUGGUUAGACCUUAAGAGGUUUUUCAAAUUAGACAUUUUGGUUGGUUGCGUAGAUUCAAAAUUUAAAGCAAAAACAACUGAUGUUAGAGAGAGCAAAUUAACAAGUAAAAAACACUUUGGUGUUGAUUUAUUCUGCACCAACUCACUUAAUUUUUAAGAACAAAAUGCCAGUUCUAUCUAUCUAAUGUGCUGGAAUAGGCAUGAUCUGAUGCUUACAGAUAAUGUUAUGAUUGUAUGUUAAUGACCUGUAUAAUGAAGAUGUAUGACAGAAUGUAUUUGACAAUCCGUUUUUAAUGGGAACAGUGUGAAUUUACACAAAUUAAUAGACUAUAUUUAUCACUGUAUUUUCUUACACUUCUGUCUGUGAUGUUUUAUUUUUUUGGUGCACACUCACUUGGAACUAAAAUACAACAUUUGUAACGUUAGCUGCUUAACUUAAAUAUAUCACUGUUUUAAAGGAACGACUAUCA